AUGGCGCAGCAGUACAAGCUGAAGGGCAUUACGUCCCUUGACCUCAAGAACGGCCAGAAGCAAGAGGCUGAGGUCGAAGGCGUUGAGAAUGGAAAGGUCUUACUUUCGAAGGUCCAGGACAAGCUUCACGUCACCAGCGCCAAUUGCACUCACUAUGGCGCUCCACUGGUGAAGGGUGUCCUCACACCUGAAGGAAGGCUCACUUGCCCUUGGCACGGAGCCUGCUUCAAAGUCGCCACCGGUGAUGUCGAGGACGCACCCGCUCUCGAUCCCCUCGCCACUUUCGAAGUUGUCCAGAAAGACGACGGCGUCUACAUCAAGGGCGAUGAGGCGACAAUCAAGGCCGGCAGGAGGGCUCUUGGCUUCAAGUGCUCUGCACAGGGCUCUGACAAGGUGCUGGUCGUUGGCGGUGGUAGCGGCACUCUUGGUGCUGUUGAGGGUCUUCGUGGAGGCGGAUACACCGGACACAUCACCGUUAUUUCCAAGGAAGGUUACAGGCCCAUUGACCGAACGAAGCUGUCCAAGGCUCUGCUGGCGGAUGUCUCAAAGGUUGCCUGGCGAUCUGAAGACUGGUACAAGGAUGCCUCGAUUGACAUGGUCUCCGACGAAGUUUCUGCUGUGGACUUCGACGGCAAGAAGGUCUCCACUAAAUCCGGAAAGACGUACGACUACACCAAGCUUGUUCUGGCGACUGGCGGCACCCCGAGGUACCUUCCGCUUGAUGGCCUGAAGGGCGAUCUCGGCAACGUCUUCAUCCUAAGGUCCAUCCCUGACGCUCAAAGCAUUGUCAAUGCCGUUGGCGACAACGGAAAGAAGAUCGUCGUUAUCGGUAGCUCUUUUAUCGGUAUGGAAGUCGCCAAUUGCCUUGCUGGAAAGAAGAAUGACGUUACCGUGGUCGGCAUGGAAAAGGCGCCCAUGGAACGCGUCAUGGGUGAAAAGGUUGGCAAGAUCUUCCGUGGCCUGCUGGAGAAGAACGGCGUCAACUUCCACAUGGAAGCGUCCGUGGACAAAGCCACCCCGUCGAAGAGCGAUUCGUCCAAGGUUGGCGCGGUUCACCUGAAAGACGGAACUGUUCUCGAGGCGGACCUUGUGAUCGAGGGUGUCGGUGUCGGUCCUGCAACCGAGUACCUGAAGGACAAUAAGGCCGUGGAACUCCUGAAGGACGGUUCCAUCAGCACGGACGAGUCUUUCGCGGUCAAGGGCCUCAAGGACGUCUUUGCAAUUGGCGAUAUCGCCACAUACCCGUAUCAUGGCCCCGGCGGCAACGGGUCCCCUGUCCGCAUCGAGCAUUGGAACGUCGCACAGAACGCCGGCCGCUCCGUAGCCAACUCGAUCAACACUCCGAGCGCCAAGCCCAAGCCCUUCAUCCCUGUGUUCUGGUCGGCCUUGGGAAGUCAACUGCGGUACUGUGGUAACACGGUCAACGGGUACGACGACGUCGUCAUCCAGGGCGAGCCGGAGAAGCCGAGCUUUAUUGCAUACUACACCAAGGGUGAGACGGUCGUCGCAAUGGCCAGCAUGAUGAAGGACCCCUACAUGACCCAGACCGCCGAGCUCAUGCGCAGGGGAAAGAUGCCUACCAAGAGCGAGCUGCAGAAGGGUGUCGACAUCCUGGAUAUCAACGUUCCGGCGGAUAUCAAGAUCUGA